CUCGUGUCUGAAACAUUAGUUAUUCUUCAUAUAGUCUGCUUGUCAUUAGUACUUCUAUGGAGUACUGACCCCUCCGGGGGGCCCUCACAUUUUCAGGUUAAGGCUAGAGUCCUACUACCUGCACAAUUGCCUAAGGUGAUUGAUCAAGAAGGAAGACGUGGUUCGUGCUUCCAUUCUUAUUUCAAAUUUUAAAACUGCUCAUGGAUUUUCGAACAUUGUCUUCUUUAAAACAGUUGGGGGCCUGCGUGCCUGUGUUUGCCACGUGUGGCUAAGUAUCAAACAUAUUAUUCUUUCCGCAUUUGUUUGAUUAUGAUAUCGAUGUUGAUUGUAUGUGUUUACUAAUCGGUUUGGCAAUAGAAUCAAUCGGACCCCUUGUAUAAUUCAAUAGGGAUGAACUGUUGUUAUUCUUAUCGGGUUGUACGACGGUUGUCUACGUGGCCCGGAUGCGGUCUGGGGCGUGACAAUUAAGUGGUAUCAGAGCCAUCGAUUUCUAAACUAUAUAAUUAACCUUUCAAUAUCUUACCAUCGAAAAGUUUUGAACAAAACCAUGAGCAGAAAGUUUUUGUACCUAAGGAACCGUUGGAAACCAAGUUAUUGACCUCUUAUUGUUAAGACGGUACCCUUAACAGUUUGUUGGCCAUAAUGUUGGACCAAGUGGUAUCUUUUGUACUAAUCCGUCAAUUGACAUUGAAACGAGUCUAAUGACUCAUUCCUCAUUUCUUUAAGAAAUGGAGGGUGGACGCAGGAUUACUAGGAGGAACCCGACGGGUCGUGCACCGGGGGCCACCGGGCACGAUACACGGGCUGAAUCACGGACCUCGAAGGGUAGAGGCCAGGUCCAAGGCCGUGGAGGAGGCCGAGGCAGGGGCCGACGGCAAGUAGCACGCGUGUCGGUUCUGUGCACCCGUCUUGGGCCACCGAACCGGAUGACUUCACUUAUGCUCCAAGCACGGAGCAAGAGGAGACCCCGUACAACGGGGAGGACUUUGAUGAAGAAGAUGAGGAUGAAGAUCCUCAUUAUGAUUGUAUGAGCGAGGUACUAGAAUGGUACCUCGAGAACAAGGCAAAGAGAGAACAGUGGCGCCAAGCUAGACAGGCUAGGCUAGCCAUGGGGCAGGGAAGCCGAGGUGCUUCUAGUGCUCUAUCUGGAGCGUCCACGGGAAACACGAUGGUACGUAUGUCCAAGUACCUCAAGGAGGCGAGGGCCUUGGGGUGCAAGUCAUUUGAUGGCAAGGGCGACAUAUCUGAGGCCGCCGACUGGAUUAAGAAGCUGAAUGAUGCUUCUAGGGACAUGCAAAUUGGACUCGACGUGAAGUUGAGGGUUGCCACCAGGCUACUAGAAGGGGUAGCUGCUGUAUGGUGGGAAGGCGUGGAAGGAAAGUUCCACGGUGAGGCCACUUGGGAGAAAUUCGAAGUGGAGUUCUAUAAUCAGUACCACUCAACUUUUGAAGUCAAUCUCAAAAGGAGAGAGUACACAAAUCUGAAACGGGAGGAUGGCUGCUCGGUGAGGCAAUUGGAACAAAGGUUCCGAGACUUGGCACGAUUCAUACCAGAGUACUCUUUGGAUGAGAAUCGAAUGGCCAAUCAUUUUUGGGAUGCUCUACAAUUGGACAUCCGCGACCGGGCUACUUAUCAGCAUAACAUGACAUUUAGUCAAGUUGUCGAUCAAGGACUCCUUGGGGAAACCCAAUGGAAUGAAAGAAAGCGAGAGACGCCGAGGAGGCGAAGAAGAGGAGAUGGGGAAACUCUGGACCACAAGACCACUCUUGGAAGCAUCACGCCGGAGGUGGCAAUACAUUCAGGGCGCUGGCACCACCGCCGAAAAGGUAUAAGGGCUGACUAGGGAAAGGGCCCAAACCAGGGGGUGUGGGGCCACCAAGGUGCGCAAACUGCGGUAAGAACCACGGGGGGAGGUGCAAUGAACCACCCCGGACAUUCAGAGCAGUACGUUUUGAUGUUUCUAGCCAUACCCGACCGGGUAUGGGAAUAUACUCGACCGGGUAUAGAUAAUUUGUUGGGGUUCGAGGCCGGUACUCGACCGAGCAAGGAAAACAGAAGGUUUUUCCUUAAGGACUCGAGUAAUACCCGACCGGGUAUAGGGCAGUUCCAGGCUGAGAUUUUUUUUCAUUUAAUCCUUUUUUAGUCGGGAUGUUGGGUAGUGUGCCUUACAUGACUUAUAUAUGUAGGAACACUAAAGAUCAAUGGUAGACAUGCGAGAAUUCUCAUCGACACCGGGGCGCAACGUUCAUUUAUGAGCGAAGCGUUUGUCGAGGGAUUAGACAUGCCAUUAAAAGCAAUGACGCAACCCUUGUUGGUCUCUACACCGUUGGGAGACGAUGUGGAGAGAAAACACUACUAUCCUUCAUGUAAUGUGGAGAUAGGGGAGCACCGUCUAAUGGGUGACUUUGUACCGUUAGGCAUGCUCGAGUUCGAUGCUAUAUUAGGCAUGGAUUGGCUUGAGAAACACCAUGCAAAAGUAGAUUGCUACAUCAAGGUGUUAGAACUGAAGGAUGGUGAGGGGAAUACUCUAUGCUUUGAGGGAGAAAGAGGGAAAUUCAACCCUUGUAUCAUAUCGGCCAUAAGAGCAAGGCGUAUGAUGAGGAAAGGGUGUCGGGCUUACAUAGCUUACGUCGUAGGCAAGGAAGGCAAGGGGAAGAGUUUCACAGAGGUGAGAGUGGUGAGUGAGUAUCCAGAGGUUUUUCCUGAAGAACUCCCGGGACUCCCACCAGAUCGAGAAAUUGAGUUCACCAUUGAAGUAGAACCCGACACAAAACCCAUCUCGAUUCCUCCAUAUCGGAUGGCACCGGCUGAACUUCAACAGUUGAAGGUUCAAUUAGAAGAAUUAAUGGAUAGCGGAUUAAUUAGGCCGAGUCAUUCACCAUGGGGAGCACCGGUACUCUUUGUAAAGAAGAAAGAUGGUACACUUAGAAUGUGUAUCGAUUACCGUCAGUUGAACAAGGUCACGAUAAAGAACAAAUACCCUUUGCCAAGGAUUGAUGACUUGUUUGAUCAACUACGGGGGGAAACCGUGUUCUCUAAGAUCGACUUGAGGUCAGGCUACCAUCAACUGAAGAUCAAGGAGAGUGACAUACCCAAAAGUGCAUUCCGUACAAGGUAUGGUCACUAUGAAUUUUUAGUAAUGUCGUUUGGGCUUACGAACGCCCCCGCAGCAUUCAUGGACCUCAUGAACCGAGUAUUUCACCAAUACUUGAACCAGUUCGUCAUAGUAUUCAUAGAUGACAUCUUGAUAUACUCCACGAAUGAGGAAGAACACGAGAGACAUCUAAGGCUUGUGCUUGAAACACUGCGAGAGAAACAACUCUUUGCCAAAUUCUCUAAAUGUGAAUUUUGGCUUAGGGAGAUCGGUUUUCUCGGGCAUGUGGUAUCGGGCUCGGGCAUUUCAGUUGAUAACUCAAAGAUUGAAGCAGUCACUAAUUGGGAGAGGCCCAAGAACGUGAAUGAGAUAAGGAGUUUUCUCGAUUUAGCGGGGUAUUACCGCAAAUUUGUGGAGAAGUUCACGAUGAUAGCAUCUCCACUCACGAAGCUCACUAAAAAGGGGGCUAAGUUUGUGUGGGAUGACAACUCCAGUGCUCGCCCUACCCGUGCAAGGGUUAGGGUAUGACAUCUAUAGUGAUGUUAGCAUUCAGGGACUGGGAUGUGUACUGAUGCAAUCGGGGAAGGUAAUUGCUUAUGCUUCUCGGCAGUUGAGAAAGCAUGAAGUAAACUACCCCACACACGAUCUGGAGCUAGGUGUUGUGGUGUUUGCAUUGAAGAUUUGGAGGCACUACCUCUACGGAGAGUUGUGUCACAUCUAUACUGACCACAAGAGCUUGAAGUAUGUGUUCACUCAGAAAGAGUUGAACAUGAGACAGAGAAGAUGGAUGGAGUUGAUCUAGGAUUACAACUUGAUCAUUGACUAUCAUCCAGGCAAGGCUAAUGUAGUAGCCGAUGCACUGAGUAGGAAGGGCUCAUCUUCAGGGGUUUUACUCACAUGCUUACGGGCAUUGAGGGCACGCGUGGAGGUAUCCACGGACGGGGUGUUAUUGGCCAGAUUUGAGGUGAGACCCACCUUGUUAGACGAAAUCAGGACAUGUCAAGGCAAUGACGUGGAAUUUCAAAAAAUCCGGGAACAGAUGCUUGUGGGGCCUGUCGAGGGUUUCCGUGAGAGAGAAGAUGGACUUCUACUAUUCAAGGAACGGGUGUGUGUGCCAUCAGAUGGGGAGUUUCGUAAAUCAAUUCUUGAGGAGGCUCACUCAUCUGCGUAUGCCAUGCACCCAGGCGGUACAAAGAUGUAUCGGGACUUAAAAGAAAGUUACUGGUGGUCGGGGAUGAAGAGAGAGAUUGCAGAAUACGUGAGGCGUUGCCUCACCUGUCAACAGGUUAAGGCAGAGCACCAACACCCAGCAGGGUUGUUACAACCAUUUACCAUUCCAGAAUGGAAGUGGGAGCAUGUUACCAUGGACUUCGUGGUGGGUCUGCCACGGACGGUUAGGAACUACGACGCAGUAUGAGUGGUGGUUGACAGGCUGACCAAGAGUGCUCAUUUUUUACCUAUCAACGCUACCUAUACGCUCGAGCGACUGUCCAAAUUAUACACAGAUGAGAUUGUGAGACUUUAUGGGGUUCCGGUUACUAUAGUAUCAGAUAGAGACUCACGGUUCACAUCACGGUUUUGGCCUAAGUUCCAGGAAUCCAUGGGUACGAAAUUGAGGUUUAGCACCGCAUUUCAUCCUCAAACGAUGGGCAAUAUGAACGGGUGAUUCAGAUUUUGGAAGACAUGUUGAGGGCAUGUGCAUUGGAGUUCCAGGGAAGCUGGGACAAUCAGUUGGCUUUAGUGGAAUUCCCCUAUAACAACAGUUAUCAGGCGAGUAUAGGCAUGCCUCCAUACGAAGCAUUGUAUGGGAGGAAAUGCCGGACACCAUUGUGUUGGGACGAGGUCGGCGAGGCUAAGCUCGAGGGCACCAAGCUAGUCGAGAUCACUAAAGAGAAGAUAAAAGUCAGACAUGAUAGGCUCAAGGCUGCCCAAGACCGGAAGAAGAGCUAUGUUGAUAAACGUCGGAGGACGUUGGAGUUUGAGGUCGGUGACGAGGUAUUUCUGAGGGUAUCACCUUGGAAAGGGAUCAUCAGGUUCCUCAGUCGGGGUAAGCUUAACCCACAUUACAUAGGUCCGUUCAAAAUCCUUGAAAUGAUUGGGGUUGUAGCCUACCGACUUCAGUUGACUCCAGAGUUAGAGAAGAUUCAUAAUGUGUUUCAUGUUUCUAUGCUCAAGAAGUAUGUGCGGGACCCGUCACAUAUUCUUGAGAAACCACCGGUGGAAAUCCGAGAAGACCUACACUAUACGGUGCAGCCGGUGAAAAUCAUAGACCGACAGGUAAAGAAGCUAAGGAGCAAAGAGGUGCCGAUGGUAAAAGUACUUUGGAAGAGUGAUCGUGUCGAGGAGCAAACUUGGGAAGUGGAGACCCUGAUGAGGGAACAAUAUCCAUUUCUGUUUGACUAGACGCGUGGAUUUCGGGGACGAAAUCCCAAAUAAGGGGAGUAGAACUUGUAACACCGCCCCCAAGUAUUUGUAUUUUAUCAAAUUAUCUAUUGAACCCUGAGAAAUGAAUAAAAGCAUUUUUACGUGAUUGUAAAUUUUUAUCAUUUCUUUUACGUGAAUAGUAAAAUUCACGUGGGGCCCACAUCGGAAGUGGGGGCCGCCCGGUACUGUCGGGACCACAUAUUAUAUUAAUCUUGGCCUAGAUAAUAUGUAUAUGGUGGCGGAUAUCCUAAUUGGGCCAUGGCAAUGGCAUAGGGUUGACCGGUUGGUCAAACGGGGUCCAAUUAUCAGUAUCGGCAAUUUAUCAGAUAACAGCCCGAAAAGGGAUUCCGGAGACUUCUAAAUUAAAGUUUAGGAAUACAUACUCCUUCUAAGGUCCAGUAAGGAUUUAGAGCACGAGUUGUAUUUUAUUUGACCCGAUAAAAUAAAAUAUAAUCAAAGCAAUCCGGAAAAUAUGACUUUCGGGACCAAGUGUACACUUGGGGACAUAAAGGGAUGACCUCCCACAUGAGUGGGGGCCACCCCACGAAUUUGGUGCUGCAAAGGUCAAGGGGAGCCGCUCAAUAGUAGGGGGGAGAGACAAACAUGAACUGAUUGGAGACCAAGCAAAUAAAUGGAGUGGACCCUCUCUUAACAUGAUUGUGAGAAAUGCCAAAUAUGCAUCUCAAUUAUCAACCUAACCCUCCAGCUCGGCCAACCCAUCCAUUUUUGAGAUCGAAGCUCUGAAAAUACUUCACAACAUCCACCAUUCACGCACCUGAGCUAAGGAGGAAGAAGGAGGGGAAAAGAGAAGAGAAAAGUUGGCUUUGGAAAGGAAAAACUUGAGGUGCUCAAGGUAAUGACUCCAUUAAUCCCAUUCCUUGUUCUUCAAUCAUUUUAUAUGGUUAUCCAGUCAUAUUUCAUACCCUAGGAUUGUUCUACAUGCUUGGAAGUGUAGAAUGAAAGGUUGGAAGGUAGUCCUGAGUCCAAGAACGGACUUAGAAGCCAAAGUGACCGAUUCACCGGAAAAUAACCUUUUUGAGGUUAUUCGUAUUAAUAUGGAUUUUAUGAUGAUAAAAACCUUGUUAGUAACUUGUCUAAGGUAUUCAAAGAACUUUCACGGAGUUGAAAGGGUCAACGGAAUUGUCGCCGGAGUUUCGCCGGAGCUCAAUAAGGAAGGCUAGAACUUUAUAAGCUUCAUUUAAGGUGAGAAGACGGCUUUAUGCUUUAUAACUUUUGCGUGAGACAUGAGAUUACCUAAAUUAAUCAAGAAUAUGUUUUAUGGAUUGAUUAAUGGUAUUAAAGUAUGUGUUAUGCUAUGUUAAAGAAUAUAACAUAGUUAGAAAGCAUGAUUUAUAGGUUUGAUUGGUGAAAUUACCAUAAAUUGAUAUGUAUGAUGUUCUAAGGACCCAAACAGGUAUUUUUGGAUUAAGGACGUCAAAGAGUACUUGCAUGUAAAAUUUCACUUUAAUCGGACUCCGUUUGGGCGGUCAAACGGGCGUUGACCGCCAAGUCAACUGCUAUACCCGACCGGGUAUUAGCAAAUACCCAACCGAGUAUUUGGUGAAAAACUUGCCCCAGGGGCUACUGUCUUCUAUACCCGAUCGAGUAUGGGUAGGGACUCGAUUGAGUAUACACCAAAAAUUGGCCUUACGGGCUACUGUCUCCUGUACUCGACUGAGUAUAGGUCAAUACUCGAUCGAGUAUUGAGUUAUGAUUAAAACGGGCAGUUUUGAGUAGGUUAAUGUGGGCCGUUCAGGAGGGACCCGCCCACGUUGGUUCCUAAGGAUGGUUAUAUGACUAUAGGGCUAGGUAUUGUCCAUAGUUAAAGGAAUGAAAGGUUAGCCAUAUCCAGGUUAGGGUUUGGUAAGGAAUAAGUUUGGGGUUGAGUAUCCCCGGGAUGGUAAAUGAUCCUGAAACUCGGUUGGGGUUGAGCAUCCCCGUGACUGUAAAUGAUCCUGAAACUCGGUUGGGGUUGAGUAUUCCCGGGACUGUAAAUGAUUCUGAAACUCGGUUGGGGUUGAGUAUCCCCGGGACUGUAAAUGAUCCUGAAACUCGGUUGAGGUUGAGUAUCCCCGGGAUGGUAAAUGAUCCUGAAACUCGGUUGGGGUUGAGCAUCCCCGUGACUGUAAAUGAUCCUGAAACUCGGUUGGGGUUGAGUAUUCCCGGGACUGUAAAUGAUCCUGAAACUCGGUUGGGGUUGAGUAUCCCCGGCACUGUAAAUGAUCCUGAAACUCGGUUGGGGUUGAGUAUCCCCGGGAUGGUAAAUGAUCCUGAAACUCGGUUGGGGUUGAGCAUCCCCGUGACUGUAAAUGAUCCUGAAACUCGGUUGGGGUUGAGUAUUCCCGGGACUGUAAAUGAUCCUGAAACUCGGUUGGGGUUGAGUAUCCCCGGGACUGUAAAUGAUCCUGAAACUCGGUUGGGGUUGAGUAUCCCCGGGACGGUAAAUGAUCCUGAAACUCGGUCGGGGUUGAGUAUCCCCGGGAUGCUAAAUGCUCCCAAAACUCGGUAGGAUAUUAUGAAUGUACAAUGUAGCUUGUGAGCUAAGCAUUCGGGUAAGGAGUGAGAAAAGUCAGGUAAGAACUUUAUCUCUAAAAGACUCUUUAAAUGAAAUGACCUACGAGUUGAGUAUUUUACAAAUAUAUAUACAGUAUGUAUCAUCGGGUGGAUGAG